CUGCACAGCGGCAACGACAACGUGGUCGGGACGAAGAUGAACAAGGUCACGGAGCUCAGGAUCUAGAGACGCGUCAACAGCAAGGGCGACGGCAUGAAGAGACUCUGCAAAACGAACAACAAGUUGAAGAUGAAAGGAUUGUUGCGAGGCUGCAAUCGUUCGAUUUCAGGGGUGCCGGUCUUGACGCCGCCUUAUCCUCGUCGGCGACGGCGCCUUCAUUAUUUGGUCCCCCGUCUGUUAUUGCUCGAGGAUUUCGCGCCGCUCAGCGUCUACAGCGUCGACAUGGGUUUUUCGACGAUCCUGUGGAUGAUACGGAAGAGGAUGACGAAGUAGAUGGGAGUAUCGAUAUCCGUGUCGUUCGUUCUGGUGGACAACUUAACACUUCUACGAGGCAGUACACUACUACUUCCAACAACAACUCUUCUAUCCUGCACCAGAGGACCAGACAAGGCGACGAAGAUGACACCAACUUGAUGAUGAGUUUGAGCGCAAUGAGUCAGAGCAUGUCCUCCAUGUCCACUUCGUCGUCGUCAGCGUCAGGUGGACAACAAAACGACAACGAUAGACGCCAAAUUAUGUUGGACGUCGACGGAAACGGAAUCAGAGCUCCUCAUCAACGAGAUCGAGAGCAAGAUCUUAUCUGUCCGCCACUUCCUGAGGGUGACGAGGAGAUCAAUCUACUCGAUUACCUUGACGACGACUUUAACACAGGUCGGGGAAGAGACGCGGACAGUUUUGACUUCGGUUUUGGAUCCCGCGCAACCGCUUACGAUAUUGGCGGCCUGCCGUGCACUCAUUUUAAGGCGCAGCAUUCUAAACGUAAACGUAAACCGUCUCAUAGAUACGAGUUGGCAGUUGUACAACCAUGGGAGAUUCAUACUGUGACUGAAAAUCAUAGAUAGGAAGUCAUAAUCAUAAAGUACUAGGACAUACAACCACAAAGGUUUUGUGGUAACAGCAAGAAGGACCGGCUGAGUAAUUUUUAUCGACAAUGUUGGAACAUCAUUACUGGAAAAAAUUAUUCCUUUGAUAUGUGAAUUUCUAAUGCUUGUGGCGGUGAGAGGCAGCGAGCCCGUCUCUGCCCUCUUGAUGCGUGUCGUCCCUGUUGUCGCCGCAUCAGGGACCAAGCUCUCUCGCACGAGAGAUGCACUCGACACGACGACUCGAAUCGACUCUAAAGAGGGUGCGUCAUAUUCAAUGGACUACGGUGACGGUGCUGCUCAUGAUAAUAUUUGUUGCCAAUUCGAAUUCGAGUUGCUGUUCUGUUUUUGUCCCGACUGUGUGUGAUUGUAGCAGCGCAGUUCUUCAGUGAAGCAGAAUCCCGACCGGACGAGGAGCGAGUAUGCACCCUCUUCGCUCUGUCGAGUCUAAGUGAUUCAGACUAAAUGUACGCAGAUGCUAGGUGUAAAAUCUAUGGAAUUUAUCCUAGUGCUUGUACUAGUUUCUGUGAAAUGUAGUAAGAUGUUGAACAACUACAGAGGACUCAGUAUGUACUUACACAAAUGGAAAGGUAGAAAUGGAAUCAAAAUUUAUUUACGUUGUCAUCUAAAGACUAAAGACUGAGCGACAAUGAAAAUGAUAUAGUAAGUGAAACUGCAACCUUUCCAGUAAUUCGCGUAACGUAGUUCUUUCAUUCUUCCGUAGUUGUAGUUUUUGUAAUCUUACCUCUGUUCUUCGUCUUUCGCGGCAUUCUAACAAAUUCAGAUACAGAUAGCUUCAUCAUAAACAUUUGUCCUUAUCGUCGUAUCUAUGUAUCUAGUUAAUUUUCGUUCUUGUUGUAUGGAGAAUACUUGGUUCGUCUAGAUCUACCCAUCCACUUCUCCUCGGUCUUUUUUUUACCCACCGAUCAUCUAUCUUGUCCUUGUCAACGAUCCGUCUAGUGGUAGUGGAGGCGGAAGGUAAGCGCAUUAUAGGUAUACUAUAUUAAAAAUAAAUGGAAAAAAAUAGUAAUAGAGAAUAGAAAUGCAUCGGGAUUACAUCGCAAGCAGUACUUACGUAGUUGCUUUUCAUUCUAGUAAUAAAAGUCGUGAGUUAGAGAGCUACAGCUACAACAAGAUUAACAUGCGUUCGUCAUUUAUAUUCUAUGUGGUCUCCUAUGAUGUCGCGCAGAUAUGAAGAUCCUUCAUGGUAGACGGUAUAUAUCAUGCCAUCAAUAGAAGACAAAAGCAGGCAUUCCUCCUUCCAUACAACAGGCAUGAUGUGAUUACAGGUAUUGGCAACGCUACUGACCCUAUCCCUAUUAAUAUAAUCGUGGAUGUGAAAAGAAAACAGAGCGCGUAUGGGCUUAUCAUUGUCCUGUUUGUGUAUGUGCACACCGAG